AAUACAUACCCUUCACAUUCUCUCGACAAACCUCAAUUGGGCCAAUUUUCAUUGAUGCGAGCCCAGCGUGCACCGAUACCCCGUCGUGUUUCUUAGGCGUUGUUAUAUUGCCCACCCCCAUCAACAUGCCACCUCGUGUGCAGACACAGAUAGUCACCAAUUCCCUCCCCUGCCUCUCUUCCCCCUCUCCCUCCACCUCCACUAUCUCAAAGAUCCCUAUACACAGCUCAUCCUCUUCACAAUCAAUUCAGCCCAGCUCCCGGCAGACAUGCCGUCCCUUCUCCUCGAGUGUGGCCAGCCAAACGAGACUCCGUACCGAGAUGUUCGGCUGGUUGAGUGGUCCAGGCGCUGCUCUUAAAAACCAUGUCCCUGGGUCAACAAACUAUGUCACGGGUAUAAAGGAGAGCAGGAUAGAUCAUUAUGGUCCACCCCGCCCUUUUCCAUUAAACCCACAUUUUGCCAGUCAACCUAUCCUGAGUGAGGAGCUAAGGAAUGAGAUCUACGACCGCGUCGUAAAUAAAAAGAAGAGUGUCAGGGCUGUUAGUGUUGAUCUGGGUGUCGACAUGCGCAGAGUCGGUGCUGUCGUCAGGCUAGUCGAGUUGGAGAAACGGCAAAAACAGCAGGGUAAACCUCUGGCCCUGCCAUACUCCCGGGCCGUUCAUGAAAUGGUCCCAACAACACCCCUUUACAAUGACAGUCGGAUCAAUAGUAGCAGGCCUCACGAGCCAAUCAAUGAUCUCCCCGUUCACCGACUGACCGACCCUCAAAUAUUCUAUCCCGUCUCCGAAUCCCGUCAAUUCAACCGUGUCGACGCCGGUCGCGUCUUCUCUGCCGCUCCUGCCCUUGAACACAAGCAAGUCGUCAAGAACGCUGCAGACCCCGAAGAAGCCAUUAGCAGCAUCACACAAAACCCGUCUCGUAUCGAGAAGGUCGGUAAAGGCGAGAACGAAGAGCAAGUUCUUCAGCCCGCGGAUGCGCGUAUCCCUCACCCUCACCUUGUGGCACAUGAGCGCUAUCAAGAGAGCAAGCCAGAUGAGCGACGCGAAGUCUUCAAGGCAUACAUUGAACGUCUUAAUAAGGAAGAAGCCGCAGAGAAGGAGCGCAAGCGCAUUGCCAAAGAACGUAAGGAACAGCAAUUAACAAAGGUUCAGCCUGAGACCUCGCGCUUCGAGUUCCGCUUCAAGGACGUUGUCGUCAGCAAGGAGACUACCGGCCCAGAUGGCCGUGGUGCCCAGGCGCCGGGACGCAGAUAUGGUGUCCCCAGUUACGAGAGGAAGAAGGGCCAGGUCAAGAUUCCCACACGCGUUGAAGUUUAAAUUCUGGAUAUCACUCGGGAAGUCUUCCCGGUCGUCUUUCUCCCUUGUCCUUGUCUAUCUAUACCUCUUAUCCUUUUUACGCUACUGUAUUUUUAUGUUCUCUUGUACAGAUAUGGAUGUGAUGGGUCAGCGAUUGCUUGUAUUUAUAAUCGAAUUUGAACAGGUCGUAGAGACUGAAUAUUGGACAAUAUACCUACAUGAUCUUCA